AUGUUCACAGUUCUGCUUCUCCUUUCACUCCUUCUAACCACCUCCACUUCUCACAACCUAUCAUACCCUCAUUUUCAACAACUCGACGUCAAACAAACCCUGGCACAAACCAAACUCAUUCCAAAUCCAACCCCAAACCCAACCCAACCAUCCAACCAACACCAAAAACCCAACACUGCCACUGACUCAUCAUCAACAAAAUUGAAACUAAAACUUUUCCACAGAGACAAAGUUCCCACCUUUAACACCUCCCACGACCACCGGACCCGAUUCAACGCCCGAAUGAACCGGGACGCCAGAAGGGUGGAUGCCCUCCUCCUCCGCCUCACCGGCGGAAAACCCACCUUGGAUCCGGAGGCAUUCGGGUCGGAUGUGGUUUCGGGUAUGGAGCAAGGAAGCGGAGAGUACUUCGUGAGAAUCGGAGUUGGAAGCCCUCCUCGGAACCAAUACGUGGUCAUCGACUCAGGCAGCGACAUUAUAUGGGUCCAAUGCGAACCCUGCACGCAAUGCUACCAUCAAUCCGACCCGGUUUUUAACCCGGCCGAAUCCUCCUCCUACGCCGGUGUCCCCUGCUCCUCCACAGUGUGCAACCACGUGGACAACGCCGGCUGCAAGGAGGGACGGUGCCGCUACGAAGUUUCCUACGGAGACGGCUCCUACACCAAAGGCACACUCGCUCUUGAAACACUCACAUUCGGACGAACACUGAUCCGAAACGUGGCAAUCGGGUGCGGGCACCGGAACCAGGGAAUGUUCGUGGGCGCCGCUGGGCUUUUGGGCCUCGGAGGUGGGCCCAUGUCCUUCGUGGGCCAGCUCGGAGGCCAAACGGGGGAGGCCUUUAGUUAUUGUUUGGUGAGCAGGGGAACACAAUCCUCCGGAUUACUCGAAUUCGGACGCGAAGCAAUGCCCGUGGGUGCUGCGUGGGUUCCCCUCAUCCACAACCCGCGUGCCCAAAGCUUUUACUAUGUUGGGCUUUCGGGCCUGGGAGUUGGGGGUCUCCGGAUACCCAUAUCCGAAGAUGUUUUCAAAUUAUCCGAAUUGGGUGACGGCGGAGUGGUUAUGGACACUGGCACCGCUGUGACGCGGCUGCCCACAGCUGCUUAUGAGGCUUUCCGGGAUGGGUUUAUAGCCCAAACAACGAACCUGCCCCGGGCUUCCGGAGUAUCAAUUUUUGACACGUGUUAUGACCUGUUUGGGUUUGUGACGGUUCGGGUCCCGACCGUUUCGUUUUACUUCUCGGGUGGGCCUAUUUUGACCCUUCCAGCUAAGAACUUUUUGAUCCCAGUGGAUGAUGUGGGAACAUUUUGUUUUGCCUUUGCUCCUUCUUCUUCUGGGCUUUCCAUCAUAGGGAACAUUCAGCAAGAAGGGAUUCAGAUUUCAGUCGACGGAGCCAAUGGAUUUGUGGGAUUUGGACCCAAUGUUUGUUAA